GACGGCUCGCGCGCGCGGCUGGCCUCGGCGGUUCUCAACAGGGGGGGAGGCCGCAGCACCGGGAGUGCGCACGCGCACGAGAGAGAGAGAGUGACCGUUGCUGUGGGUCGGGAGCCGCCGCAGGCGCGCGCCCCCGCCCCUUGAAAUUCGCCCCCCUUCUUCUCUUUCUCUUUUAUAUUCUUACUAUUUUUGGCUGCGCCCCGGGAGCGUCUCUGGAGGCAAGAGGAGCCGAACCAUGUCGCGCAGGCGGCACAGCGACCAGAACGACGGAGGGCAGCGACACAAGAGGAGGAGAACAUCUGAGCCAUCCGAAAUUGAAGAUCGUCUGGAAUCCUUAAUAUGCAGAGUGGGAGAAAAGAGUUCCUCGUCUUUGGAGAGUAAUUUAGAGGGCCUGGCUGGGGUCUUGGAGGCAGAUCUACCAAACUACAAGAGCAAGAUACUACGACUCCUUUGCACAGUUGCACGUUUGUUACCAGAAAAGCUGACUGUUUACACGACUCUAGUUGGCUUGCUGAAUGCCAGGAACUACAAUUUUGGUGGAGAGUUUGUGGAAGCCAUGAUUCGUCAGCUCAAAGAGUGUUUGAAAGUCAACAUGUAUAAUGAAGCUGUGUAUUUAGUCCGUUUUCUCUCUGAUCUAGUGAAUUGCCAUGUAAUAGCUGCACCUUCAAUGGUAGCCAUGUUUGAGAACUUUGUUGGUGUGACUCAGGAGGAGGAUGUACCUCAGGUGCGGUGUGACUGGUACGUGUAUGCGUUUCUGUCAUCCUUACCUUGGGUGGGAAAGGAAUUGUACGAGAAGAAGGAUGCUGAGAUGGACCGAAUUUUGUCCCAUGUUGAAAAUUACUUGAAACGCCGUCAGAAGAUUCACGUGCCCAUGUUACAAGUCUGGUCUGCUGAUCAACCACAUCCACAAGAAGAGUACUUAGACUGCCUCUGGGCCCAGGUUCAGAAGCUGAAGAAAGACCACUGGCAGGAAAGGCACAUUCCACGGCCCUACCUGGCGUUCGACAACGUGCUGUGUGAGGCGCUGCAGCACAAUCUGCCUCCCUUCACUCCGCCACCAAACACGGAAGACUCGGCCUACCCAAUGCCUAGGGUGAUCUUUAGAAUGUUUGACUACACGGAUGAUCCUGAGGGCCCUGUCAUGCCCGGCAGUCAUUCUGUAGAGAGGUUUGUGAUAGAAGAAAAUCUCCACUGCAUCAUCAAAUCACACUGGAAGGAGAGAAAGACAUGUGCCGCCCAAUUACUGAGCUACCCUGGAAAGAACAAGAUCCCUCUGAACUACCACAUCGUUGAGGUCAUCUUUGCUGAGCUGUUCCAGCUUCCUGUUCCGCCACGCACGGAGGUGAUGUACACGACACUUCUUAUUGAACUCUGUAAACUUCAGCCUGGCUCUUUACCCCAAGUUCUGGCACAAGCCACUGAAAUGCUGUACAUGCGCCUGGACACAAUGAAUACAACAUGCAUAGAUAGGUUCAUCAAUUGGUUUUCCCACCAUUUGAGUAAUUUUCAGUUCCGUUGGAGUUGGGAAGACUGGUCAGACUGUCUUACGCAUGACCUAGACAAGCCCAAACCUAAAUUUGUAAAAGAAGUAUUGGAGAAAUGCAUGAGGCUGUCGUACCAUCAGCGAACAGUAGAUAUUGUUCCGGCCACUUUUUCCGUCCUACUUCCUGCAAAUCCAGCGUGCAUUUAUAAAUAUGGAGAUGAAAGUAACAAGUCUCUUCCUGGAUACAAUGCCGCACUCUGUUUAAACAUCGCCGUUAAAAAUAAAGCAAGCAAUGAGGAAAUCCUCACUAUUCUGAAGGAUGUGCCCAAUCCUAAUCAGGAUGAUGAUGAUGACGAAGGCUUCUCCUUCAAUCCUCUGAAGAUAGAAAUAUUUGUACAGACCUUGCUUCAUUUGGCUGCCAAGUCAUUCAGUCACUCCUUCAGUGCUCUGGGAAAAUUCCGUGAAGUCUUCAAAGCACUGGCAGAAAGUGAUGAAGGGAAACUCCACGUCCUCAGAGUUAUGUAUGACGUAUGGAAAAACCAUCCACAGAUGAUCGCUGUACUGGUGGAUAAGAUGAUUCGGACACAAAUUGUGGAUUGUGCCGCAGUAGCAAACUGGAUUUUCUCUCCAGAACUGGCUCAUGACUUUACUAGAUUUUAUAUCUGGGAAAUCUUACACUCCACCAUCCGAAAGAUGAACAAGCAUGUGGUGAUGAUCCAGAAAGAGCUAGAAGAGGCCAAAGCAAGACUAGCCAAGCAGCAUAAACGUCGAGACAGCGAUGACGACGACGACGAUCGUAGCAGUGACCGGGAGGAUCGGCCCCUGGAAGAACAGAUAGAGCGCUUGCAAGAAAAAGUCGAGUCGGCUCAAAGUGAGCAGAAGAACCUCUUCCUCGUAAUAUUCCAGCGUUUCAUCAUGAUCCUCACAGAGCACCUCGUGCGAUGUGAAACAGGUGGGAUUGAUGCAAACACGCCUUGGUACAAGAACUGUAUAGAGAGGCUGCAGCAGAUCUUCUUGCAGCAUCAUCAGACCAUCCAGCAGUACAUGGUGACCUUGGAGAACCUUCUGUUCACAGCAGAAUUGGAUCAUCACAUAUUGGCUGUAUUUCAGCAGUUCUGCGCGUUGCAGGCCUGAGCGACUACUACUUUUUUUUGUACAGGACCUAAUUGACGUUGUCCUUUUUAAACGAAAACGGGAAGAUUCAGCAUCUUUUAACCUGAAAAACAAGCUUACUGUGCUGUCCUAGAUAAGCUAUACAGUACUCUAAGGGGGGGGAACUGUUUUAGCGGUAGAGGCCUUACUCUAGUUAACGACUGCUAGGUGAUUGGGAUGGAAUAAUGUGUGACUUUUUUUAAUUAUUUUGAAAUGGUUUGAAUGCUGGCUUCAUCAUAGCAUUUGUUUUGUCCCCUCGAUGGUUUGUAUAAAAAUAGGAAACAGAAUUGGAGUCAAUUUAUCUUUGCUUGACACCCCCCCCCAUGUGACCCAGUCCCCUCAUUCUAAUAAUGUGAAGUGAGUCUCGAGACUUGUGUACCUGACUGAAGAGCAGCUUUUCCGGCAGAUAACACUGAACUCCUCGCAAGAGAACCAUAGGACUUGUGGAAGUGCUGAAAAGGUCAAGCCUAGAGUAUAUGUUUGUUAUCAAAAUGAAUUUUCACGGUUGGAGGA